UGCUAUUGCCUGUAAAUAAAGCUAACUACAGGCUAAUUUUUAGUAAAGAAAUAUUGACAAAUCAUCUUUACAGGGAGGAAAUUUAGUCCCCAAAUUACAGUAAGCUCUUCACGCAAACUAUGUAAAUUAUCAUAGAAUGUAGUUUUAUUCAAAUCAAGGAGUGUUAUGUAGCAAUAUUCAUCUCAUUUUGCAGCAGUUUUUGAACACCAUAUGCACUGCAGGGGGAGGUGGGCUAUUAAGCUAUGAAAGUUCAUAUUAAGCCAUUAAAACUGUAUGCAUAGUAAUUAUUUAAGAGGAAAUUUAGCAUGUCACACUGCCAGCCUUUGCUGUCACUGCUUGAAAUGUGACAUCAACUACCCAAAGGUUUUGCGAAUAAAAGUGAUGAAGGCUGGUUGAGUUCCAUGUUUGCACACAAAGUGGAUGCCAGGAAAGAUGCCCACUCCAAUCUGCUCUCCAAGAAAGAAACCAGCAACCUCUACAAGAUUCAGUUUCACAAUGUCAAGCCAGAGUGCAUGGAGGCAUACAAUAAAAUGUCGGAUGAGGUACAGAAAGAACUUCAUCGUGAUGCAAGUUAUCCAUGUGAAGUCAUUGGAAGCUGGAACACCUGGUAUGGUGAACAGGAUCAAGCAGUGCAUCUCUGGAGGUAUUCUGGUGGAUAUCCUGCUCUAACAGAGUGUUUGCGCAAACUCAACCGCAAUACGGCGUAUCUUGCAUUUCGAAAAGAGAGAAGUAAAAUGUUGAUCUCCCGAUGCAACCAGCUUCUUCUGGAGUUUAGUUUCUGGAACGAGCCUGCGCCCAGAAGCGGCCCCAACAUUUAUGAACUGAGAACAUACCAACUAGUACCUGGAACAAUGAUCGAAUGGGGAAAUCACUGGGCUCGAGCAAUCAAAUAUAGACAGGAAAACAAUGAAGCAGUGGGCGGCUUCUUCACACAGAUCGGUGAAUUGUAUGUUGUUCAUCAUUUAUGGGCCUAUAAAGACCUGCAGUCCAGACAAGAGACCAGAAAUUUUGCUUGGUUAAAAGAGGGCUGGGAUGCCAAUGUGCACUAUACAAUGCCUCUUAUCCAAAAGAUGGAAUCGAGAAUUAUGAUUCCCAUGGAACAUUCACCUCUGCAGUAAAAUCAACAGUGUUUCACCUGUGAUGAUAAUAAAUACACUAUCCACCAGGAGAUCUACUGAUUAGUUCUGACUUUACUCAAACACAUCUGAAGCAGAUGAUCAAGGUCUUCAGGUCCUCUUGAAGCAGACAGGCAGUUAUAUUAGAGUAGAGCUGGACCUAAAGUCUUGCAAGAAGGCGACACUGUGCCAGUGUUGAUGCCAAUCUGAGAGCUACAAUGAUAGACCUCAGUGUCGUCGUACGAGACUGUUAAAGUAUAUGUGUAAUUAAAAAAAUUACAGCAUUGUUUUUAGACAUUAUUCUCCUUUCUGAUGCAUCACCCGGCCUGUUGGAGUGUUCGAGGAACCUGCCUGUCAGCAUAGCUUUUUAUCUACAAUUAAAAAAUAAAUUUGCUAAAUUGAAUGCAUUUAUUGGAAUACUUGAUUUGAAUGUUGUAAACUUUAAAAGUCCAUUAUAGGAUAAUAAAUGAACAAAUAAUUUCUGUUGAUUUGUAGUUUCUUAUUACACCAUAAUAAAUUGUGAUUUUAAUAAUA